GGAGUCGUAUUUCGUUGCUCGCGAGAGCUUCCCAACUCGUCGAGCAUGGCGGAUCGUUACUUCCCCAACCCGAUGCCGGACUUCGUGCCGGAAGCUUCCGCGGAAGAUGCCGCCGCCGAAAGAGCCAAGGACUCGCUCUCCAAGCUCCUCUAUCUUCCCCACGCCGCUCUUUCUGAAAAGCUGAAGAAAGCAGCUCUCGACCUCAAGGACACUGUGGCGAGGGAGACAUGGGCAGUGGGUGGCAAACGAUUGCAGGACUAUACUCUGUAUACCGGUGCUCUAGGGACGGCUUACCUGGUCUUUAAAGCUUUCCAGGUCACCAAGAAUGAGAGUGAUCUCAGGCUGUGCUCUGAGAUAAUCAGGGCAUGUGAUGCUGCUUCUCGUGAUUCUGGGCGAGUGACAUUUAUAUGUGGGCAAGCUGGUGUUUGUGCUCUUGGUGCAGUUGUGGCUAAGCAUUCUGGUGAUGAAAGGUUGCUUGAUCACUACUUGACAAGAUUCAAGGAGAUCCAACUGCCACGAGACUUGCCAAAUGAGUUGUUAUAUGGGAGAGCAGGGUUCCUCUGGGCUGGCUCUUUCCUGAAUAAGCACAUUGGUAAAGAGACAAUAUCAGCGGCUCGCAUGAGAGCAGUGGUGGAUGAUGUGAUCAAGUAUGGAAGACGAUUGGCAAAAGGAGGAAAAUGUCCACUGAUGUAUGAAUGGCAUGGAAAGAAGUAUUGGGGUGCUGCGCAUGGAUUGGCAGGCAUCAUGCAUGUGUUGAUGGACAUGCCACUAAAACCAGAUGAAGUGGAGGAUGUCAAGGGUACACUCCACUAUAUGAUCAAAAAUCGAUUCCCAAGUGGCAAUUAUCCUUCGAGCGAAGGCAGCGAGACAGAUCGUCUAGUCCAUUGGUGCCAUGGUGCUCCUGGGGUUGCAUUAACUCUUGUAAAGGCAGCUGAGGUUUUUGGCAGUAAGGAGUUCCUGCAAGCAGCUGUAGAUGCGGGGGAGGUGGUUUGGAGUCGGGGUCUUCUUAAGCGCGUCGGCAUCUGUCAUGGCAUCAGCGGGAAUGCUUACGUGUUUCUUUCAUUAUCCCGACUCACGGGCAAUGCAGAGUACUUGUACAGGGCUAAAGCUUUUGCUUGCUUCCUACAAGAUAGGGCGCUUAGGCUUAUAUCAGAGGGAAAGAUGCACGGAGGCGAUCGCCCCUACUCUUUGUUCGAAGGCAUUGGAGGGAUGGCCUGCCUUUUCAUGGACACGACUGAACCAUCUGAGGCCAGGUUUCCUGCUUAUGAACUUUAGGUUGUAUAUUACGUACUAAACCCUGAGAUUUCAUGUAAAUAUGGUCCGGGUAACUUGCGGAUGUUGAGGUUGUCCAAUAAUGUAUCUUAUCAGAUAAUGUAAUCUCACUGCGACCGGGAUGUUGGAAGAACAAAUGCCUAGAAUUUUGCUCUUGGGUGUUAAAUUCCUUCUAGUUUGAUGUGUG